UACCCCUCCUCUUCCUCUUUCUCCCUGAGAAUUCAGACAUGUUUGCACACUGGGAGCUGUCGUCAGAUACGCUGGAAGGAAGGGAGCGUCAUGUGGGGACAGCGACAAGGGAGUGCGUUUUUUUUUAGAGGUUGUGCAACGUAAUCCAUCUCGGAAGAGUAUUUGAUGCAAGCUCAGAAACAAAGGAGCACCAAACUUGGCUGGUGUGGAGCUCAGCGCCGAAAUAAGAAGCUUUAAGACUCGUGGUCAGCGCAACGACACCGCGUUUCUACCGUUUUCUUUUACGCGCAAAACUACAAUAAAUAAAACUUUAGAAGGCAUUUCUGCACUAUAUCUUUUUUUUAAUUACUUUAUGUUGCAUGUGGCGAUCAAAUAUCUCAAUCGCUGCUGGAUCUUAAGCCUUUAACUCUUUCUAACCAAAUAUAGCCACUGUUAAUGCUGGAGUGUCCUUGACGGAACUGAGCGCUCCUAAAUUGGAUAUUUGCAUCGCUGCCAAAGUCUAUAAUUACAUUUUCAGAUCAUUUUGAGUCGUUACGGUGUGUGUGUUUUUUUUUUUAACCAAAACAUUUGAUCUAAUUCGUAAAUUGGACACUUAUUCAGUUGGUGUGGUAAUUUAGAAGCUGGCGCGGUUCUUAACAUUUUUCUGCCUAUUGUAAACUGCAGCGUUCGUGUUAAAAAAAAAAAACCAACAACCUCGUAACCCGAUGACUGCUCUCAACAGAAGCCAUUUUUAAGUCUUUGAGUUACAUUCAUUGAACACGAGCUGCUCAACCUGGUCUGGGCGGCAGCAUUUUUAGCACAUUUUUUUCUCUAUUGUUUUCAAAUCCGUUACAAUGCCUUUCUGUGCGUCUGGCUCUGGGCGCGGCGGAUCUGCCAUGGCUCGGCUUUUCCUCACCACCUAUGUGUUAGUGCUGGCGUUUUCGGUGGACUGGGCUAAAGCUGAGCCGGAAAAACCGACCGGGGAGAGCCCACCGGCGGUCACUCUCCGUACUCUUAUCAUCGGAACCUGCCAGGAGAUCCAGCGGUACGCGGAGUCAGUGGUGGGGAGCGGUGUGGUCCGGUCAGCUGCUGAGAGUGCAGUGUUGUUUCUUGAGUCAUUGCUUGGUCAGGAGAACAUCUAUACAGUGGCCAUGUUUUUUGAGAUGGUGAUCCGAUUCCUCGCUGAAGGAGCUGCAAGCGGCCUUAACGUCAUCGCUGUUUAUGUCACCGAGAUUCUCAGGGUCACAGGAUUCGAUGUUGCACUGACAUUGCCCCGCUUCACUCCAGAGGGUGUUGCCGCCAUUGCCCAGUGGGGUCUGGUGGCUCUGAUUGGCUACUGGAUGCUGACAAUCAUUCUCCGUCUGCUGAUUGGCGUGGUGAAGCAGGUGUUCUGGGUGGUGAAAACCGUCUUGGCGCUCUGGCUUUUCGGACUGAUCGUGACUGACAAGCAUGCCACUGCAGACAUCACGGCGGUUCGACUGGGCGGCCUGGUGCUGGGAUGCGUCCUGUUGACUCUGCUCACUUGUUCCUCUGAAAAGACUUGUGCAGUGGAGCAGCGGCUGAGCUGCUUGGAGGGCCGGGUGAAGGUAGUAGAGAAGAGGAAGGGAAUAGUGACCGGAGAGGUUGCAGGGAAAGGAGUUAAGAUGGACAAAGGUGAUGGUAAUGUUAGUUAAGAAAACUGUAACAUUGAUGGUUCGUAUGUGUGUCAAACUAUUAUGGGAAAUAAAGUAAUCUCUGGGAUUUUUAAUCAGAAA